CUCAUCUUUCCUUCCCAAGAGAAACAAAAACUGAAGAAUGAAUUUUGAUCCGAUUACCGGGUGUUGGUAAUUGCAUCUAGACCCAACACAAAACUGUGUUCGAUGAAAACUGGUGCUUUCCCACGAAAGGACAAAACCCUCAUACAAAACAUUAAUCGAUACAAAAAAUCUAGAUUGUUAUCUUCGGGUUGCAAAGCAAAAGCAAAAACAUUUUUCUCUGAAUAAACACUAAGUACAAGACAGUGAAGAUGGGGAACCGUGUGAAAGGAAAGCCGAAGCAGAAAUCCAUCAAGGCAGCAAGCCAUUCAAAGAUGGGUUCGAAACGAAAACUUUCUCGCAUGGGUAAAAAACAAAAGAAGGAGAAUGCCGGUUUGGAAGCAACUUUCAUUGGACGCUCAAAGGCGCUCAAAAUGCUUCAAGUGACAAUCAAAGACUUUCGUCGUUUGUGUAUUUUGAAGGGUAUCUAUCCGCGAGAACCAAGAGGACGAGUUCCAGGCAAAAAGAAGGGCCAGACUUUCUACCAUAUCAAAGAUAUCCGAGCUAUUGCUCACGAACCUAUACUGGAAAAGUUCAGAGAGUUUCGAUCGUUCAUGAAGAAGGUGCGUUACGGAGCCCUUCGCUAUCCUUUGAGUCAACGAAUCGAAAGUGGAACAUAGAAUAGCUCACUUUUUCUUCCUUUUUCUCCAAUUUCCAUCGUAGAUUCGCCGCGCUGCUGGUCGCAAUGAAUCCGACGAAGCUGCUAGGAAAAAUGCUGUGUGUCCCACCUAUGCUCUACACCAUCUGGUCCGCGAAAGAUAUCCUAGAUUUGUAGACGCACUUUCGGAUCUGGAUGAUGCUUUGACUCUUACCUACCUCUUUGCAGCUUUGCCAAGUACCACCGCUAUUAAAGCCAAAAUGGGAGGAAAGGCCAAGAGCUUGGCCGCAGCUUGGGGUGCUUAUUGCUCUACCGCCGGUUGCAUCACAAAAUCAUUCAUUUCGGUGAAAGGUGUGUACUUAGAAGCCACUAUUCGUGGGACUCCAAUUCGGUGGGUCGUCCCCCAUUCUUUCACACAAUUCAUGCCCGAGGAUGUUGACUACAAGGUCAUGGCAACAUUUUUUGAAUUCUAUGAAACUCUAUUGAAUUUCGUCUUGUUCAAGUUAUACAGCGAUCUAGGAGUGCGUUAUCCACUUCCUGAGAUCGAAUCCGGUGGCGAAGUGAAGGGAAGUACAACUUUUAUUCUCGGGGCGAACUUGAGAUCUCUCAAUAAUGCGAUGGCAUCGAGCGAUGGAGCCAUCACCAAUGUAAUCUCAGAAACUUUAGAAGACGACAAUGCAGCAAAGCAUGAGUCACGAGACAAAUCGUCCGCAGAGAAAAAGAAGGAUCGAGAGUUAAUGAAAACUGUUGGUGUAGCGCUGGACAAUAUCGAGGAAGAUGAAAACGAAGGCGAUGAUGAUGAAGAAGGUGUUGAUAUUGCGGGUCCUCUAAAAGUUGCGUUGGAGAGUAUGGAAGAAGACAAAGUUCGAUCUUCAAUCCCUACUGGAGAUGCUGAGUUGGACGACGAUGCUAUUAAACGGAGACGACUUUUUGCAGGGUUUACGUUCUUCUUCUCUCGGGAGGUUCCUCGGGGUUACUUGGAACUUAUCUCUCUAGCAUAUGGAGCCAAAGUUGGAUGGGAAGGCCCGAACAGUCCAAUAUCUGCAAAAGACUCAAGUAUUACUCAUCACAUUAUUGACCGCCCGAAACUUUUAGGUUCUUACGACUCUUUGCCGAAGUCCAGAGAAUACGUGCAGCCACAAUGGAUUUUGGAUUGUUCAAACUUCAUGUUUAUAUUACCUAUCAACAAAUAUGGUGUAGGAAAAGCUCUCCCUCCGCAUCUGAGCCCGUGGGUCGAUAACGAAGAAGAAGGUUAUAAACCUGCCUAUGCCGAAGAAAUCGAACGGUUGAAGAAUGGUGAAACGAUCGAAGAAGUUGAGAUGGAAGAUGACGACGUAGUUGCUGCAGAUACAACUGAAAACAAUGAAUCAGAAGAAGCAAGUGAAGCUGAUUCUGACGAAAGCGAAGAUGAAAGUGACGAGGAAGUUGAAGAGAAAAAGAAGGGAGAUCUGAAGAAGAAAAAGGCGCGCGCGAAGAAGAGACGAGAACAAGAAGAGAAGGAAGCCCAUGAGCUUGCGAAGAGCAUGAUGGGUCGCAAAGCAGCCCACUUGUACGGUCGAAUGCAGCACGGUAUUUCUAAGAAGCAAGCCAGGAUCGAUGAUUUGGAAAGUCGACGUCGUGAGCCAUUGCAGAAUAAAGAAAAAGACGAGGAUGGAAAAAGUAUGUUGAAGCAGAAAGUCGAGCGAUUGAAACGAGAGAGGAAGGAUCUUGAAGACAGGUACACAAACACUGGUGGCUCAAUGAAAAAGAAGAAGAACAAGAAGAGACGGUCAGUCUAAGUAAAUUUAGUACAUUUUAAUCUCUCAUAUGUAGUAUUGAAUGCAAGUUUCAAAUUGUGAUCAAAGUUUGAUUGAAAUUGAUUUUGUCUUUCUACUUGGUUAGAAGACUAUGC